AUGUAUAUCUUUGUGUGCAAUCUGUCAUGUAAUGGCAUCUAUGGUAGCACAAGUUUGAUUCCUCAUCUGUUAUUUCAUCUCUCUACUGAGGGGCAUAAAAUAUCUUUAACAAAUUGUCUUGUACAGAUCUUCUGUUUACAUACUUAUAAUAUGACUGAGCUAACUAUAUUGGCCUUUAUGAGCUAUGACCGUUAUGUUGCAAUUUGUUACCCACUACACUAUCAUGAUAUGAUGUAUUUGCCAUAUGAAUUCCGGACUUUCAUGUCUUUAUAUUUUAUGAUAUUUCCUCCUCUGCUCAAUCCAGUUAUCUAUGCUCUUAAAAAC